AUGGUCAUCUACACUGUAGCAAAACGCGCUACCGGAUUUUCAAUACCAGAAAGAAUGAAAAGAAAAGAGGAAAACAAACAAACAAACAAGAGACGCCCUGUUCCCUGCACCGUACCGAGUGCUGCCUUAGUGGAUAUAUCGCUAUCAGAACCUUUCCCAUUCAAUAAUAUCCCAUCCAAUGCAAUGCAAUCCCUUUCCGUUCAAAUGAAAAAUCCUAUGCUCCAAUCCUCCCGAAUGCAAAAUGUGACGCGGGGCGACCGCUCCAGUAUCUUCCGUGCUCCAACAUUCCCUGCCUUUCCGGAAUAG